AGGAGCCUCGGGCCAUGGCGGGUGAGGACCACCCGUGGCAGGGCAGCAUCCUCUACAAUCUACUGAUGAGCGCGAAGCAGAAGCACGCGGCUCCGGAAGAGCCCAAGGUGCGCUUAGGGGCUCAGUGCUGGGGUUGCGCCUGCGGCGCUCAGCCCUUCGUGGGCAGGGAGGGAUUGCCCGGCGGGCAAGCCAUGUCCCUCCUGUACCGCUGCUGCUUUUGCGGGGAGAACCACCCGCGCCAGGGCAGCAUCCUCUACUCUAUGCUCACUAGCGCCAAGCAGUCAAGCGCGGUGACAGAGGCGCCCAGGGUGCGAUUCGGAGCUCCGUGCUGGGGCUGCGCCUGUGGCAGCGCCGAGCCCCUGGUGGGCAGAGAGGGGCCGCCGGCCGGCCGGGCCCCCUCGUUCCUGUACCGCUGUUGCUUCUGCGGAGAAGAGCACCCUAGGCAGGGCAGCAUCUUGUACAGCUUGCUCACUAGCGCCAAGCAGACGCACGUGGCUCCGGAAGCGCCCGAGGCACGUCGCGGAGGCGAGUGGUGGCAGCUGUCCUACUGUACGCAGAGUGUGGGUGCCUCCGAGGGGCUGCAGAGAGCACAGGCCAUGGCGUUCCUAUGCCGCGGCGGCUACGGGUGCGGUGACCAGCAGCCCCAGCAGAGCAGCAUUGCCCCUGGCACGCCCGGGAGCGCGGAGCAAACGCCCGCGGAGCAAACGCCCGCGGCUCCGGAAGAGCAGCCCAGGGCCCCCUGGUGGGACGCCUCGUCUGGCGUGCAGCGUCCGUUGGCACUCAAGAAUCCACAGGUGGUGUGCGAGGCAGCGUCUGCUGGCCUGCUGAAGACCCUGCGCUUCGUCAAGUACUUGCCCUGCUUCCAGAUCCUGCCCCUGGAUCAGCAGCUGGUGCUGGUGCGGAGCUGUUGGGCGCCCCUACUCAUGCUUGAGCUAGCCCAAGAUCACCUGCACUUCGAGAUGAUGGAGAUCUCCGAGCCCAGCGUGCCGCAGAAGAUGCUCACCACCAGGCGGCAGGAGACGGAGGGCGCGGAGCCCGCAGAGUCCCAGGCCACAGAGGAGCCACAGAUGGUGUCGUCCACAGAGGCUGGGCACCUGCCCUCAGCCGCAGCGGUCCAAGCCAUAAAGAGCUUCUUUAUCAAGUGCUGGAGUCUGAACAUCGAUACCAAGGAGUAUGCCUAUCUGAAGGGGACCGUGCUCUUUAACCCAGACCUGCCUGGCCUGCAGUGCGUGAAGUACAUCCAGAGCCUUCAGUGGAGAACUCAGCAGAUCCUCAGUGAGCACAUCAGGAUGAUGCAGAGAGAGUACCCGAUCAGAUCGGCUGAACUGAAUAGCGCCCUUUUCCUGCUGAGAUUCAUCAAUACUGAUGCCAUCACUGAACUCUUUUUCAGACCCAUCAUUGGUGCAGUCAGCAUGGAUGAUAUGAUGCUGGAAAUGCUCUGUGCAAAGUUGUGAAGGCGUGUGGGCUACUCAAGUGCAUUUUACCAUAGAAGAAGGAAAAACCUUAGCUGUAGGCAGAAGAGUGCUAAAUAUUGUGAAAACAAACUUUCUUGUAUUUUUACAUGCAUAGUAUAUUUGUAUUCAAUUGAAGAAAUACUUUAGCUACAGGCAGUGUAAAAACCCUUCUUCUUCAUACUGGUUCCUUGUAAAGGAAAGCAUUUACUAACAAAUAACAUACCUCCAUACAUCUUUAAGAUCAUGGUACUAUGCUAACAAGCUAAUUUCACAAAUGUAACUUCUCUUUCCAUUGACCCUGCCAAAUAAAAUUUAUAAUAGUAAGUUUUAAUAAAAUUUAAGAUAUUAACCACUAA